AAACAUCUUAGCUGUAAACAAGGAAUAUAAACAAUAUCAUAAACCAUAAUAAAUGUUCUCACGGGCGGUAUACAUUCGUUCGCUAUUAAGAACAAGAUGUUAUUCUUCCAAAAGUACAAUUUUCGGAUUGUCCUCAGGAGCCGGCAAGUGUGGCGUUGCUGUGAUACGAGUUUCGGGUGAGGCGAGCAGCUUAGUUGUAAAAUGUAAAACAUCUGUUAAGACUCUUCCUGCUCCAAGAAAAGCUGUUCUUCGAAGAAUAUUUCACUCACGGACGGAUGAGAUCAUUGAUAAAGGAUUGAUUUUAUGGUUCCCCGGUCCCAAUAGUUUCACCGGAGAGGAUUCUGUCGAAUUCCAUGUACACGGAGGAGUCGCUGUAUUAAAUGCAAUGUACGACAGUCUGGGAUCAAUCUCAGGGGUUCGGAUAGCAGAACCCGGAGAGUUCACGAAGCGCGCGUUUUAUGCGGGAAAAUUGGACCUAACAGAAGUUGAGGGUUUAGCGGAUCUUAUCGAUGCUGAAACUGAAGCACAACGAAAGCAAGCACUGAGUCAUGCAAGCGGAGAUUUGUCUAAACUUUACAAUCAGAUGAGAACAAAACUGUUAAAAUGUAUUGCACAUGUCGAAGCGUACAUCGAUUUUUCUGAGGACCAGGAUAUAGAUGAUACUGUGCUUGAGUCUGUGAGACGAGACGUCAACUCGUUAAUAUGUGAAAUUAGGACGCAUUUAGAUGAUCAUAGACGGGGUGAAAGGCUCCGAACUGGAGUACGAAUGGCAAUCAUUGGUGCUCCCAAUGUGGGGAAGAGCAGCUUCAUCAAUCUGCUCAGCAAUCGAAAAGUUUCUAUUGUGACGAACAUCGCAGGAACCACUAGAGAUAUCGUUGAAAGUAACCACGAUAUUGGAGGUUAUCCCGUAACACUCGCUGACACUGCCGGACUUAGAAAUUAUACGACAGAUGUUGUAGAAAACGAAGGAAUUGAAAGAGCCAGAGACUAUUUGCAGUUAACCGAUAUCCUUGUUCUCAUGCUUGACGCAGGAAGUUUGCAGGAUUAUUUGUCUGGAACGAAAAAAUCUUUUAGUAGCUACUUUAAAGACUAUGUCGGUUCCUUAGGGUUAAGCCAAAGUCUCAUUUCCUCCACUCGUUUAAUUGUGAUAGUCAACAAAUGUGAUCUGCUCUCAAAGGAAACACUGAAUUUACUGCAGGAUGAAGCAGAUACUAAGAUUCUAUCCUGCCACACACGCGUUGGCAUAGAUCGCGUCUUGGAGGUGAUCACUUGCAACUUAAAAGAACUUUGCGGAGUACCAUCUAGAGAAAAUCCAAAUUUGAGUCAACAAAGACAUCGCUAUCAUUUGAAAGAGUGCGUCGAAUGUUUAGAAAAGUUUCAACUGCAUUUGGAGAUGGAGCGGCACCCAGAUUUAGCAAUCGCUACUCAGUAUCUACGGAACGCAACGAGGUGCAUUGGAAGAAUCACGGGGGCUGUGCAAACAGAAGAAAUUUUAGAUGUGAUAUUUAGUAGCUUUUGCAUUGGAAAAUAGA